AUGAUGUGGUUGCUGGUUGUCGGGCUGAUCGGUUCAACCGCAGCUCAAUUCACCUCACAAACGUAUCCGGAUCCUCGCCUCGAUCCUAUCGCAUGUCGACUACCGUUCCCUGCUCACGUAUGUGAUCCGUCAUCUGUGCUCACUGAUGAGGAGCGCGUAAAGCUGAUGCAGAGGAUAAAUGAGUUCCGUCCAGUUACAGCGGGGAUCAGGAACACAUCACCAGCGUGUCAAAAUCAGCCAGAGAAAAAUUUGGAAAUAUUCGUAAUUGUCAUCGAUAAAAUCGGUAGCAUUCCCGGUGCACCAGUGGAUAUCGAGAAAUUUGCGAACAAUCUUAAGCGGCGAUUUCAAAACUAUCAGGACGUUUCCGCAUGUGAUGCAACAGUAUUGAUUGUGAACUCAAGGCAGGAUCGACAGGUUUUCACCGUAGCUGGACGAGAUGCACGAAUUUCCAAGGAAACAUUACGUCAUGCGUUCGAAAGGAAUGUUGGACAUUUCAAAGCCGGUCACUAUGCGAUGGGUUUGGAGGGAAUGAUCGAAAUGGUGGUCGCCACGUACUCAAAUGCUCAUAUCGUACAAGUGCCUAGCCCUGAAACAUUCACUCAUCGACCAAUGAUACCUGCCCCUGUUCCGGAAACCCCAAAACCCGUUCCAGCACCGGAAUUCCGACAAGCGCCCGAAACAUUGGCACCAUUCCGAGCGGCUGGAAUUCCGAACAGCAUUCAGCCGAGCGGAAAAUCAUCACUUCAACCGAUCGGUAUGGAGGAUGUGGCCGAGGAGGAUAAGGUUUGGGUAGGAAUAAUGCAACAAGCGGUUGGCAGAUGUGGUACACAACCGGAGACGUUGUCGAUGAAUGUUCGAGCUGUGGUUGAGGAAGCAAUGAGUAUUUCUCUGAAGUUGAUCUCUGAUACUCGCUACAACAGCAUAGAAGAAGAGGUGGAAACCCAUAAGGACGUGAUUGGUAUUCGAGAAAGAGCUUGGGAAAAUGCAAAGACACAAUUCAUUCUGCCGUUAUUCCAAAAAUAUCAAUCCGUCAUCGUAAGCGCCGCUCAACAUUCAUGUCCAGCGAUCACAUUGAAGAGUUUGCGACGUCAUUGA